UCAGCGCCCACUUCACACUGUGGUACGCAGAUCUUUGGUCCAGUUGACGUUCAUUUAAUUUCACUUGAUUUAAAACCAAAAACCAGCAAGUUAAAGAACCUCUCCAGUGUAAAGUUUUACAAAGAAGUGGCAGAGUUCAUCGCCUUCUUAAAGACACUCUUGUUAAAGUGUUCCAGUGUUUUUUUGAAGAGGACAUCCCGCAGGUUCGUUAGGCCAAAUAUAGCUGUUAUCUCCAUCGCAGCAUGAGUGUGCGGUUCAGCAGCGUGAGCGUUGUGAAGGGUAACUGAAUGUGUCAGAGGAUGACAGAUGAGAAGCCUCAGAACCAGCAGCUGGAAGAAGACCAUUGAGAAAAAGUGACCUCGGCUCACCCGUUCACAGCAUCCUCUCUCUCAGUCCUGGUUAUCAAAACCGCUCAGUGUCGUCAUCAUCAUCAGGGUCCACAAGGAGGAAGGACAAGAUGAACACAGAAGAAGGAGGUGGCUGAGGAGGAGUGAGGAGUGUUUCAUGAAGUGAAGAGAACGACAGGGAGACGAUGGACGCAACCAAAAUAACCAUGAUCGCUCUGUUUCUCCUCUGCGUCACGACAGCAAAGCCAGCAGGAGGCCAGACUUUGGAUGUUUGUGCGAGCUGCCACGUGAUCGCCACAUGUGACGACAAGUUAGACGGCUCGGGGAAAGUUUGUAACUGCAAGUACGGGUUUGUUGGAAAUGGAAGAACUUUCUGUCAAGAUAAAGAUGAGUGUCAGAUCGGCGCCAGUAAGAUCUGUGGGCCACACACCACCUGCCACAACACAUACGGCAGCUACUACUGUCGAUGCCUGUCGGGCUACAGCCCGUCCAACAACAUGGACGUCUUCAUCCCAAAUGAUGGAACCCACUGCCAAGACAUCGAUGAGUGCAGGAGGAUCUUAGGCCUGUGUGGAGAUGGAGGUCUUUGCAGGAAUCUUGAGGGCAGUUUCUACUGCAGCUGCCAGCUGGGAUACCAAGUCCACAACGGACCAGAGCGCUUCAAUCCUCACACAAACAAAGCUUUCUGCAAAGUGGUUGACUGUGGGAGGCCCGCUGCAGUGGAGGACAUGGUGUUGCUAUCAGUCCCACGGACCACAUACGGCAGUGUGGCCAUGUUUGCCUGUGAUGAAGGCUUUGUGUGGAGAAGUGGAGCCAACAGUUCUGUGUGCGGAGCUGAUGGACGGUGGAGAGGACCAACUGCGGUCUGUGAAGAUGUUGACUGCGGCUCUCCGCCCUCGACGCCUCACGCUCACAUUCUGUGGAAUAAGAGUUCAAGGAUGGCCGCUGCGGUGCACUAUCAGUGUCACUCUGGAUAUCAUAAUGUUGGAAAGGGCGAUGUGUCCAUGUGUACGGCUGCUGGAUCGUGGGAGAGACCACCGGUGCUCUGUCAAGAGACCUUGUGUGGAUUUCCACCUGUGAUUGAAUUCACUGAGCAGGUGUGGAACAAUAAAUCAACACCUGGAAGCACCGCGCUUUAUUUUUGUAAAGACGGGUUUCAUUACCAAGGAGGACACAAUGUUUCGACCUGUAGUGGAAACGGUCAGUGGACACGUCCAACUUUGUCGUGCCAAGCAAUAUUGUGUGGGGAUCCUCCUAUACUGCCUCACACUGGGCUAAUGUGGAACGGAAACUCCGCACCCGACAGCACGGCGAUUUAUUUCUGUAAAACAGGAUUUCAUCAAAGUGGAGGAAAUAAUAUAUCAUCCUGCACAAUUAGUGGUUACUGGACGCAGCCAGAUAUCUCAUGCAAAGAAAUCAAUUGUCAAAGGCCGGUUUUUAAACCUCAUGCUAAGAUGCUAUGGGACGGCACGUCACACCUUGGCAGUGUGGUGCGUUACCAAUGUGAGGAAGGAUAUCACACCAGGAGCCCGAGAAACGUCUCGGUGUGUGGAGAGAGUGGACUGUGGGAGGACACUGAUAUAUGGUGUGAAGAGAUACGCUGUGGCCCCCCACUAAAGCUCCCCCAUACUAACCUCCUGUGGGACGGCUCCAGUACCCCGGGCAGUGUGGUGCUGUAUGAGUGCAUGGAUGGAUUUUAUCAGGAGAGUGGACAUAAUGUGUCGUCGUGUUUACUGUCAGGAGAGUGGGGGGAAGUAUCUGUAAAGUGCAAAGUUAAAUGUGGCCCAGUGCCGAUCCUGGAGAACUCAGACGUGCUGUGGCAUAACAGAAGUGUUGUGAUCCACCGCUGUGUGGACGGAUAUCACAGCUGGAGGGGCAGCAACGUGUCCGUGUGCAGCAGCUCCGGUGUGUGGGAGAACGCGACCAUGACAUGUGUCGAGCUAAAGCCACCCGUCACUCACCUGUUUGUCGUCGAUGAAAAGUGUGUGCACUGGAGAGCAGAGAAGUACGAGGACGACACAGAAGUUUACAAGGUGACGUGUGUCGGAUCCAGAGACUAUCAGAAGUCCUUUCAUGACAAGACGACACGGUUUUUGAGAUCCAAGUCCAACCAGCUGGAAGUGUGUCUGAAGCUGCUUCCUGUCACCAACUACAGCAUCUCCAUCACUGCAGUGUCUGCCAGGUUCACAGCCAGCAUCACCACUAACACCAGUUUAACAGCGCCUCCAGCACCUGAUGUCUACUUCAGAGAAUUUGAGACUCCUGUACCGAUGUUGAAGCUACGAAGGUCACUUAACACACUCGACCCUAUAAGCAUGUACCAGGUGUUUGUGCUUCCUGUGGAGGGGGUCAUGACCUUUGACUGCUCGUCUCCUGCGAGCCUACACUCCUCAAACGAGCCCCCUGCAGAGUACAUCGCUGCCAUGAUGGAGGUCAGGCGUGUCGGGAUGGAGUUGAACUUCACUGUCGGGGACGGACUCCUCUACGGAGGCUGCUUUAACGCUCGACUUGAGAACGGCAGGAAUUACUACAUCGUCCUACGAGCGGUCAGUCAGUGGAACGAGGCUGAAAGAAGCACCUGCGUCCUCUGGGCUAAAGUAAGAGGUACUUCCUUUGUUAUGAAGGUUUCUGCGUCGUCUGCUGCUGCUUCAGUCGUCUUCGUUGCUGUGAUCAUGUUGGGAGGAUUCAUCUGGCAUUACAGGAAGACCUGACGCUCUUUAGUGCUGCUGAUGAUGUUGUUGUGAUUUUGAAAUGUUGACCUCACACCUGUACAUUUUGUAAAUCAUUUUAAUAAAACCUUUUUCAGUUAC